CAGAUCAUAUGAUUUUUGUGGGCGAGUCGAGUCUGCUGGAGCUGUGUGUGUGCAAUCAGUUCAAUAUUCUACAGCCCUAAUUUAUAAACUUUUGUAGUAUAUUUUGCAUUUUAAUCUUUAAAAAUGGUUGGCUGUACUUUUAAUAUUGAUGGAGGCUACUUGGAAGGACUUUGCAGAGGUUUCAAAUGUGGAAUUCUAAGGCAAACGGAUUAUUUGAACCUUGUGCAGUGUGAAACUUUGGAAGAUUUAAAACUUCACCUUCAAGGAACAGAUUAUGGCAGCUUCUUGGCAAAUGAACCAAGUCCUCUGGCCGUAUCAGUAAUUGAUGACAAAUUGAGGGAAAAGCUUGUGAUUGAAUUUCAACAUAUGCGCAAUCAAGCUGUUGAACCCUUAUCAACAUUUCUAGACUUUAUAACGUAUAGCUACAUGAUCGACAACAUAAUUCUUCUGAUCACGGGUACUCUCCACCAGCGGCCCAUUUCUGAGCUGAUCCCCAAAUGCCAUCCACUCGGCAGCUUUGAGCAGAUGGAGGCCAUCCACGUGGCUGCCACGCCCGCUGAGCUCUACAAUGCUGUUCUUGUCGAUACCCCACUUGCUCCUUUCUUUGUUGACUGCAUCAGUGAGCAAGAUUUAGAUGAGAUGAACAUUGAGAUCAUAAGAAACACUCUUUACAAGGCAUAUUUGGAAGCCUUCUAUGAAUUCUGCAAGAACAUCGGUGGAACAACCGCUGAUGCCAUGUGCGAAAUAAUUGCUUUUGAAGCUGACCGCCGUGCCAUAAUAAUCACGAUCAACUCGUUCGGCACGGAGCUGACAAAGGACGACCGCGCCAAGCUGUACCCGCGCUGCGGCAAGCUGAACCCCGACGGGCUGGCUGCUCUGGCCAGGGCUGACGACUACGAACAAGUCAAGGCUGUCGCUGAGUAUUAUGCUGAGUACAGUGCUUUGUUCGAGGGCGCUGGAAACAAUCCUGGCGAUAAAACGCUGGAGGAUCGAUUCUUUGAGCAGGAGGUGCAGUUGAACGUGAAUGCUUUCCUGCAACAAUUCCACUUCGGUGUGUUCUACUCUUAUCUGAAGCUGAAAGAGCAGGAAUGUCGAAACAUUGUGUGGAUCGCUGAGUGCGUCGCUCAAAAACACAGAGCAAAAAUCGACAACUAUAUUCCAAUUUUCUAAUUGCAUUUACAUUUCCAGAAAUCCUGGAAUAUCUAUCGAAAGUAUCAACAAUAAUUAUUAGGUUUAUUUUUCAAAAUUGCCCAGAAUAAUUGUUCUCCCUCCUUUUGUUUUUUUAAUAGUUAUCUGUUCUCUCUUAUGAAAAUUUUAUUGUAAAUAUCUAUCAUACUGUAUUAUGUGUCUAAAUUCGUAUAAUAUCACUGUUUUUACUGUGUAAGUAGAAUAUAUUUUUAAUUCUCAUCUAUUUGGAAAAUUCUGAAGGGAUCAUUAUUAUUUGAUUUGUUUUUGCGCGAGAUUGAUUUGACGAAGGACCACCAAGAUCAAAAUGAAUCUUUUAAUCAGUUUCCUGGCAGUAUUUUUGAAGCAUGAUAUAUAGAAUGGAUGCUAUUUCUACUAUAUAAACUCUUAUAUCAUCUGGAAAAUGAAAUCCCCAACAUAUCUUCUACAUUCCAUGGCUUCAAUUUAUUCGUGAAUUAUUUUUAAUUUUGCAGUGUUUCUUGUUCCAAAAACUUGGGCUUUUGAGCAAUCCGGUGGACAAAGUAUAAUUUUAUACUGCGAUUGUCUCAAUAACCAUAGUUUAAUUUUGAAUUUCACACAUUUCAUGUAUUUUAUAGUUUUAAUUUUGUCAAUCUUGUUAUUGCAAUUUUUAAACAUUGAUAACUUAGAACAAUUGAAAGAAUAUUGUGUUUUGUGGUGAUCACUGUUCAAUCUGUUAUUGUUAAGAAUUAUUAAAAGUAGAUAGCUAAUAUUCAUCUUGAGGCUUAAAAUAAUGUAGAUUCAUAUAGCUAUUACAUUAUAAUUCACAGUAGUGUAUAUCAUAGUAUUGUAAAUUGAUUGCAUGUACAGUAUGUUUCAGUUGAAUGUAUUAUCAGAUAGAAAAUCAUCGCUCUUGAAUACCAUGUUAUGUACAGUUGAAUAUAUUUAUCAUAAAUCAUGUAAUACGGUGUCUGGUGUAAUUAAAUGUUUGGAAAAAUU